AUGGCCGCCUCCACCAUGUCCGUCUGCUCUGACGCCUGCACCAGCUCCUCCUGGCAGGUGGACGACUGUCCAGAGAGCUGCUGCGAGCCCUCCUGCUGCGCCCCCAGCUGCUGCCAGCCCAGCUGCUGCCAGCCCAGCUGCUGUGCCCCCUGCCUGACCCUGGUCUGCACCCCGGUCAGCUGUGUGUCCAGCCCCUGCUGCCAACCCGCCUGCACCAGCUCCUGCACGCCCUCGUGCUGCCAGCAGUCUUGCUGCCAGCCGGCCUGCUGCACCUCCUCCCCCUGCCAGCUGUCCUGCGGUGUGCCCGUCUGCUGUGGGGCUUCCUCAUGCUGCCAGCCCUCUUGCUGCCAGCAGUCUAGCUGUGUGCCCUCUUGCUGCCAGUCCUCCCCCUGCCAGCGGUCCUGCGGUGUGACCCUCUGCUGCAAGCCCGUCUGCUGUACCCCCGUCUGCUCUGGGUCCUCCCCUUGCUGCCAGUCCUCAUGCUGCCAGCCGUCCUGCUGUGUGCCUGUCUGCUGCAAGCCCUGCUCCAGCGUGUCCCUGCUCUGCCGCCCCGUCUGUGUGUCCAGCCCCUGCUGCCAACCCACCUGCACCAGCUCCUGCACGCCCUCGUGCUGCCAGCAGUCUUGCUGCCAGCCGGCCUGCUGCACCUCCUCCCCCUGCCAGCCGUCCUGCUGUGUGCCCGUCUGCUGUGGGCCCGUCUGCUGUACCCCCGUCUGCUCUGGGUCCUCCCCUUGCUGCCAGUCCUCAUGCUGCCAGCCGUCCUGCUGUGUGCCCGUCUGCUGCAAGCCCGUCUGCUGUACCCCCGUCUGCUCUGGGUCCUCUCCUUGCUGCCAGUCCUCAUGCUGCCAGCCGUCCUGCUGUGUGCCCGUCUGCUGCAAGCCCUGCUCCAGCGUGUCCCUGCUCUGCCGCCCCGUGUGCAGACCCGCCUGCUGUGUGCCCACCUCCUCCUGCUGCGCCUCCUCCUGCCAGCCCAGCUGCUGCCGCCCGUCCUCCUGCGUGUCCCUGCUCUGCCGCCCCGCCUGCUCCCGCCAGGCCUGCUGUGGCCUCUCCUCGGGCCUGAAGUCCAGCUGCUGA